AUGUCGUCCGACUCGAAGACACCUUCUAGGUCGAUCUUCGCAAAGCCCCCAGUCAAGAUCGUCGUUGGCAGUGAUGAACGCGUUUACUAUGUCCACCGUGGAACCCUCGAGGUCCACACCGCAUUCGAUCUCCAGUUGAAGGCGUCAACUGACGAGUACGAGGAGGCGAUUGAUUGGAGCGGUUUUGAUGAGCAAACAAUUGAUUGCGUAUUGAGCUUCCUUUAUACCGCAGGUUAUCAGGCACCCCAAGCAACCUCCGUGGCAGCCGCAGAAGAUGAGGCAGAUGCGGGGGAAGAGGCCCCAGCGCAAGACGGGGAAGAAGGUCAAGAACAAGAAGAACAAGAAGUCGUGGUAGAUGAAGCCGAGGAAGCGGAUGAAGAAAACGAACCAACAUCACCACCUGACAGCCCACAGUCACAGCCUUCAUGGCCACACUCACCAUCUCCAAUGCUUCCUGCCCGUGCAAGGUCACUGUCACCAGUUGCAGAGUCCUCCAUAGCCCCAGACUCGCCACCAUCCGAGGCUCUAUCAGAGCUGGACCUAAAUGACCGACCCCUCACUCCGCUGGAAUAUUGCGAUGGGGUCACUUUGGCCACGGAGCAGGCCUCACAAAAGGUCACUGACCACGAAAGGCAAGGCCAAGAACAAGAAGAGCCAGAACAAGAAACCGAAGGAAACAACGCCGCCGAGAUUUAUCUCCACGCAAAAGUAUAUUCCUUCGCACGUCAACUCGAAUUUGACAAAUUGGAGCAAUUCGCCCUGAACAGUCUAGCCCAGGUCCUUGUUUCCAUGGAGCAAACAGACAAGGUCCUAUUCCCUUACUUGGUGGAUGCAAUCAGACUCAUCUAUAAAACGACCAGUGCAGUUGACGAUGCAAGGAACUUGCUAUCCCAGUUUGUGGCGCUGCGGUACACCACAUUGGUUGGUGAGGAUUUGGACGAACUUAUUACAGAAGGAGGAGAGUUUGUGGUUGAUCUGUCGCAUAAGCUUGCGAGGAAGCUGUCCACCAUUGCACUAGCAUUCAAGAGGGUUGAAUACCUUACUCGUAACAAUGAGGAGCUGAAAGCGGAAAGUGCGGAGAAGGAUAAAGAGCUGAAGACUUUGAGGGAGGAGAUUAGGCAUGGGCCAGCACAGGGAUUCCCGACUUUCACGUAUCAGAUUUGA